UGGGCUCAUGGCAACCACCUCUGCCAUGAGCCAUCGCGCACGUCUCAGCUUUUCUCUAAUUUUUUUUACUUACCUUUCUUCAACAAGAGGAAGUGCAAAUGCAGUUCCUGGACAAACCACAGGCUGAGAUAUAAGCUGUAUGGUUUUGUUCUGGUUUAUUUUGAUUAGGCUUUGUCUUGGUUAGUGGGCAGUUUGCCUAGCAUAACAAGAACACGGGCAGCUUGUGUGUGAUAGUGUUCCUGGUUUCGUACCAAGAGCCAUGGCCCGCGUUCCGCGUAGCAUAGGCCAGUGUGAUAGCCCCUUUAUCCAUCUGUACUCCACGCUCCUCUGUUAUCUUUGUUCAAACUCGUGUAUGGCAGAGUCUAUGUGUCUGAUAUCCAAACCACAUCAACUACAAUUAUCACUUGCCAUUAAGAGCAUACAUAACACUGUAACACAUCAUCAAUAGGAUCAACCCCUCAGUAUAUACCUCCUACUCGCACAGUGGUGACAUAUCCUCCACUUUUACUUUUUUAAGCAAAUGUUGCAAAUUUAACGUUUCUCUUGGUAGUGUUAAGAAAUAAGUGAUGGGCUAUUACACACAAAAGUUCAGGAAGCAAUAUUCACAAUUAACUAACUCAUUUAUUAGACACUUGCAGGCGAGGGACCGAUCUACUUUGGUCAAUAAAUUAGUUCCUUAUGAUUUAAUCGAAUCGAUUUAUUUGGUGCAAACUGAACCAAAAGUUGUGGCAGCCAGAAAUAAAACUGUACCCAUUCCCUGGGCGAUGACGCAGCACGGCAGCACGGCUGCACGGCAGCAGCCUCAGUGUGCUGGCAGGCAUGAGUGCCUGCGCGUGCCUGGUGCCUCUGCUCACAAAGGAGGAACACCUGCUGUGGGCUGAGAGGGUCAAACCACACCUUCCUUAUUGUGUUUCGAUACACAACAACCUGGUACAGCACGGACAUGGCCUGGUGUGUCACGACACAUUCUACGUGCUGCAGGACCAGCCACACUCAGCCACCGUGCUGUGCAGGAAAGAGAUAACACCCCGAACACAGCGAAUCGGAAUAUUCUGCCUGAAGGAGGAAGUUGGCACUCUUAUAGAAGCCCUGAGGUCUUCACCCGUGAUUUACUGGGAAGAUGCAAGGAAGACCCAUCUUCUCCUCCAACAUGUCCCUGCCUUCGCUGUCGAGCCCUUGGUGAGCCUGCUGGAGGAGAAGGGAGUGAAGGUGUGGUUAAUGCCUUGCUUCACCUUCACCUAUGACGUUCAUCUGGACUCUCACACGCUCAGGGUGCCAGCGGGGUUCCGUGUGUGCAGGCUGGGCAGAGCAGGCGUGCGUCACCUCCUGGAGAACGCCAAGUUUGGUGGAAUACCCCUGGACCUCAUGUACAGGAUGGCAGAGGGCGUGCCUUACAUAGGAGUGUACCAGGACCCAACCAGCACGCAGGACACGACGGUAGACCCAGAGAACCUUCCUGCCGCUGCUGACGACGAGGUACCAGUGGCUUGGAUUUGCUCGGGACCCUCAGGAGAAAUAGCCAAGCUGAUAACAAACGAGAGGUUCAGAAGACGUGGAUUUGGGAAGCUACUGACGGCGACGCUAGCGAGGCGACAGGCUGCCCUCCUUGAUUUUAUUCCUCAUACGUUCGUUGAGGCGGACAAUUCUGUCUCUAAAAGGAUGUUUGAUAAUUUGCCAGGCUGGGGUAUGACGCAUGAGAGUGUAUGGAUGAUUAAAUGUCAGGAGUCUGUAUAACUGUGUGUUGCAGGUUGAGGACUUACUAACACACCGUCAGCUUUGUUGGGUCCUCUUCCAGUCCCUUCCCUAUUGUGAUCCUUGGUGGGUCAACUCAAGAUGUAUUAGACUAAGUCUUAUACUUAGUCUAAUACAUCUUGGGUCAACUCACCGGCAUGUAUAGUAAAGGCCUAAAAAUGAAGGACAGCGGUUGACUUCCAUGAAUGUAGUCAACUAGAAUGAUUCACACAUAUCCUCAUGGGCCUCAUCCUUCCCACCUCUCUCAUUGUUAGCUGACUGCGAAUAAAGGCCACAAGAAGAA